AUGGACACCAACAGGGCCGCCCUUCUCUUCCUCUUCUUUCUUCCACCCUUCUUCCACGCCUGUAAUGCGACGGCGGCCGGCCUUCGUCAACCCAAGUGGCGAAGAGAGUUGGAGACGUAUUCCGGCAGCGGCCUGUACGAGACGAGGUACUUCACGCAGACGUUGGAUCACUUCAACUUCAACCCGCAGAGCUACGCCAAGUUCCAGCAGAGGUACCUGGUGAACCACACCUACUGGGGCGGCAAGGGGUCGCCCAUCUUCGUCUACACCGGCAACGAAGGCGGCAUCGAGCUGUUCGCCAAGAACACUGGCUUCAUGUUUGAUAUCGCGCCGUCGUUUAAGGCCCUAUUGGUCUUCAUCGAGCAUCGGUACUAUGGGGAAUCCAUUCCUUUCGGCGGCGAAGAUGUGGCUUACAGCAACGCUAGCACUCUCGGUUACUUGUGCGUCACGCAGGCGAUUGCGGACUUCGCGACGCUGAUCAUUGAUCUGAAGAAGAACCUGACGUCAGAAGACUCUCCGGUUGUAGCGUUCGGAGGCUCCUAUGGAGGAAUGUUGGCUGCAUGGUUUAGGUUGAAGUACCCACACGUUGUUCUUGGAGCCUUGGCAUCUUCUGCUCCUCUUCUCCAGUUCGAUGACCUCGUUUCCCCUUACACCUUCUACAACAUCGUCACCAAUGACUUCAGGAGUGAAAGUGAAAGCUGCUACAGAACGAUAAAGAGUUCAUGGAAGGAGUUGGAUGAUACCUUGUCACGACCAGGAGGACCUAAGAAGCUCGCCAAGGCAUUCAAGACAUGCUCUGAUGAAGUCUCAAACUUGCCUCAAUGGAUCGAAGAGGCUUUAGUUUACGGCGCCAUGACGGAUUACCCCACUGUUUCAGACUUCCUCACCCCUCUCCCAGCUUACCCCGUGAAACAGAUGUGCAAGGCCAUCGACGAUCCGAUAUCUGGUAAUGAUACCUUUGCUAGAUUAUAUGGGGCCAUGAACAUAUACUACAACUACACUGGAAAAGCGACAUGCUUCGAUGUCAACACCGAUUCGUUGGAUGAUACUGUUGGCACGGAUGGAUGGAAUUGGCAGUCAUGCACAGAGAUGAUUCUUCCAACAGGGGGGAGAUCAGAGGAGAGCAUGUUUCCAGCGAACAAAUAUAGUUACGACGACAACGCUGGGUUCUGCGAAUCAUACUACGGUGUAGCUCCAAGGCCACACUGGAUCACCACAGAGUUCGGUGGCCAUGACAUCACAAGGGUGUUGAAAAGGUUCGGGAGCAACAUCAUAUUUUUCAACGGGCUAAGGGAUCCAUGGAGCGGUGGAGGCGUGCUGAAGUCUCUUAACCCAAGCCUUAAAGCCAUGGUUGUACCUCAAGGGGCACACCAUGUGGACCUCAGAUACUCCACAAAGGAAGACCCUAUGUGGCUACAGAAUGUGAGGAGGAAAGAGAUCAACAUCAUAGCCGGAUGGACCAACCAGUUUUAUGCAGACUCAAAGUUGUAAACAUGCUUAUCUUUUCUGUAGCUCAUUUUCCCUCAAAAUAAAAACAGAUGAUGAGCAUUCGAAUCUCAAUCAUAACCUGACUCUGGCAAGAACAGUAGUUGUAUUAGCAUGUGAGAGAAAGAGAAGGACAAAAGAAAGAGGUGGCGGCUAAAACUCUAAGGUACAAAAGCCCAUGAACACUCCUUGUCAUCUUUAUCAUCUCAUCUAGUCCUUCUCUCCAAUCCUUAUUACACAGAGAAACAAACAAGAACACAGUAUAGUUCAAGUUCAUGCAUCUUGAGCCACCACUCAAAGAAAAGCCAACAGAGUCCCUCACACUUCCAUGAACUCUGAUAAAGUAAUAAUAUUUCUAAGCCUUCUCUCAUCUGAUCACUGACACACACCAGCAUCGAUAUCCUGCAGACUAAACUACAAGAGAUACUAAGAUACUACUCGAUUCAUGCAUGUGCAUGUAAGAGUCGGUGUGCGGGACCUCAGAUGCCCAUGGUGGAAGCGCAGCAUGCAGGAUCAAUAGGAUGGGACAAAGAAAUGCUUCUCCUUUGGAAAAUGGUGAA